AUGUCGGACGCUGGUUAUAUGCUCAUCUAUGAGCCCAACACCGCGUCAAAAACCACGGUGUCGGAAUUGAAGACGCUCUUGGAGAAAAGCAAGGAUGAAGUGAAAAUUCUGGCCAUGAAGCGUAUCAUCACAGCGGUAUUAAAUGGUGACCCGAUGCCAGAAUUGUUGAUGCACAUCAUCAGGUUUAUCAUGCCCUCCAGAAAUAAGGAAUUGAAGAAGUUGUUGUAUUUCUACUGGGAAGUUUGCCCCAAGUUGGAUAACCAAGGCAAAAUGAGGCAUGAAAUGAUUUUGGUGUGUAAUGCCAUUCAGCAUGACUUGCAGCAUCCCAAUGAAUACAUUAGAGGAAAUACGUUGCGUUUUCUUUGCAAGUUGAGGGAACCAGAAUUGUUGGAAACAUUGAUUCCAAAUGUGCGUCAAUGCUUGGUUCACAGGCAUGCCUAUGUAAGGAAAAACGCCAUCUUCGCGCUUUACUCCAUUUACAAGGUAUCUAGUCAUCUUAUUCCUGAUGCUCCUGAGUUGAUCUACAGCUUCUUGGUUGAAGAAUUUGACUCCGUUUGUAAAAGGAAUGCUUUUGUUUGCUUGAGCGACUUGAACAGGGAUGCUACUUUACUGUAUAUCCAGGAGAACAUCUAUCAGAUUGAGACAUUAGACCCUCUCUUACAGUUGGCCUUUGUCGAAUUCAUAAGAAAAGAUGCUCAAUCUGCAGCUAACUUGAGACAGCAGUAUGUUCUUUUGAUUUCAGAGAUCAUCGAAUCGUCUUCCAAUGUUGUGGUGUACGAAGCAGCUAUUACAUUGGUGUCAUUAUCCGCCUCUGCGGAAUCAAUGGUCUUGGCUGGUAAUAAGUUCGUUGAACUUGCCACGAAAGAGGCCGAUAACAACGUGAAAAUAAUCACCUUGGAGCGCAUCAGUGAGUUGAACAAAAAAAAUCCCGGAGUCUUGCAGGGUUUAUGCUUGGAUAUAUUGGGAGUGUUAUCUACUCAGGAUCUUGGUGUUCGCAAGAAGGCUCUUGAUGUGACGUUGCAGUUGAUAACAAGCAGAAAUGUGGAGGAUGUCGUCAAGUUGCUCAAGAAAGAGUUACAGAAGGCUUCCUCUGCAAACGAAGACAAUGCCGCAGAGUAUAGACAGUUGUUGGUUAACGCCAUACAUAAGCUUGCUAUCGAUUUCAGUGAGGUGGCGACGAAUGUUAUUGAUUUACUUUUAGAGUCAAUCGGCGAUCUCACCAAUGCCGCUGCUUAUGAUGUCGUGACGUUUGUGAAGGAGGUUGUUGAGAAAUUUCCUGAUUUGCGGGAAUCUAUUAUUCACAAAUUGAUCAAGAGCUUAGCUGAUAUUAAAUCGGGUAAGGUAUUCCGUGGAGCAUUCUGGGUAUUGGGAGAAUACUCAUUAAGUGAGCAAUCUAUCAAAGAUGCUUGGAAAUUCGUCAGAUCAAGUGUUGGCGAAGUUCCAAUUUUGGCAAGUGAGAAAAGGCAGCUCGAGGGAUAUGAGGAAGAUGAUGCAGAAGAAGGUGAGGACCAAUCAACGAGCAAGGUCAAGAAAGGUCCUGUGGUUUUACCUGACGGCACAUAUGCUACUGAAAGUGCAUUGAGUGCCACCAAUGUCUCAAGUGAGGACGAAGAUGCCUUGCGGAUCCGUAAGCUCAUUUUAGGUGGAGACUUUUAUUUGGCAUCCGUUUUGGCUUCUACUCUCGUGAAGUUUGUGUUGAGAUUAGGGCGUCUAGAAACCGCUGAUAAGCAUCUCAACGCGUUGAAGGCUGAGGCCUUGUUGAUUAUGGUCUCCAUACUAAGAGUUGGAGAGUCUAACUUUGCUGUGAAAAAGAUCGACGAAGAUUCUGCGGACAGGAUUUUGGCAUGUAUAAAAUUCUUAACCGACGACCAAGACCAUGAACUUAUUGAGAAAGGUUUCUUGGAGGACACAAAAGACGCCUACAGGAGCCAGGUUCAAACAGCACAAAAGAAGCAGGCAGAGGCCGAUGCCAGAGACUUACACCAUAAUGCAGAGCACGUUGAUGAUGCUAUUACUUUCAGGCAGCUUGACAAAGAUGGGGGCUCCUCGGAAGCUCUUGGUGAUGAUCUUAAUGCUGCUUCAGGCGUCGUCUCUAAAAAGGAGGCAUUAUCAUCAAGGCUCAACAAGAUUUUACAGUUGACUGGAUUUUCUGAUCCAAUUUAUGCGGAAGCAUAUGUCAAAGUUCAUCAGUAUGAUGUUACCUUGGAGGUCUUAUUGGUCAAUCAAACAACUAACACUUUGAGAAAUCUUUCAGUCGAAUUUGCUACAUUGGGAGACUUGAAGGUCGUUGACAAUGGUGCCACGGCCAACAUUGGGCCCCACGGGUUCUACAACCUAUCAGUCACCAUCAAGGUUACUAGUGCUGAUACUGGUGUAAUUUUUGGUAACAUCGUGUAUGACGGACAACACUCAGAUGAUUCUACGAUUGUCAUUCUCAAUGAUGUUCAUGUGGACAUAAUGGACUACAUCAAGCCAGCUACUUGCACUGAAAGUGCCUUCCGUAAAAUGUGGAACGAGUUUGAGUGGGAAAAUAAGAUCACAAUUAAGUCAAAGAAGGCGUCAUUAAAGGAAUACCUAGAUGAUUUAAUGGCUGGAACCAACAUGAAUUGUUUGACACCUGGCGCCAUCAUCGGAGAAGAGUGCCACUUUUUGGCUGCCAAUCUUUACUCUCGUUCUUCCUUUGGCGAAGAUGCAUUGGCAAACUUGUGUAUUGAGAGACUGGCUGAGGGCACAAUUAUCGGGCACGUUAGAAUAAGGUCGAAGGGUCAGGGCUUAGCUUUGUCUCUUGGUGAUCGCGUUGCAUCCAUUUCACGGAAGUCCAAAGAAUUAGAAGUCUCUCGUGUGUAA